GGCGACUUAGACGCGCGCGUCAGCGAGGGCGGCGCGAACCUCUCCUGCGGCGAGCGCCAGCUCCUCUGCUUCGCGCGCGUCCUGUUGCGGUCCGCGUGCGUCGUGCUCCUCGACGCGGACGCGGACGCGCAGGUCCGGGCGGUCAUCCGCGCCGAGAUCCGCGGCCGGUCGACCAUGGUCGUCCUCGCCCACCGCAUCAAGACCAUCCGCCACGCGGACCUCGUCCUCGUCCUCGGCGACGGCCGCGUCGCCGAGUUCGGCGCGCCCGCGGACCUCGAUACGCCUCAGAGCCCGCACCAGUCGUCCUCCAUCUCCCCUCCGCCUUCUUCUUGGCAAGUACAAAUUCAGGAAAGGUAG